GGACCCAACAACAAAAUGUGCGUACAUAAAUAAAGAAAAAAAUACCACUUCUUCUCCUCACUUUCACACGCUCUCUCUCUCUAUCUCUUCAUCAAAAAUUCAUUUGAGCAGAGAGAUUUAGCGACACCACUAUCAAUGGCCGCAACUAAAAUCUACGUUGUUUACUAUUCUAUGUAUGGACAUGUCGCAAAGCUAGCCGAAGAGAUCAAGAAAGGAGCUGCAUCUGUGGAAGGAGUGGAAGUGAAACUAUGGCAGGUAGAAGAAACACUGUCAGAAGACGUUCUUGUGAAAAUGGGUGCUCCUUCAAAAACCGACGUACCUAUAAUUACACCUAAUGAACUCGCUGAGGCUGAUGGAGUGCUUUUCGGCUUCCCUACUAGAUUUGGAAUGAUGUCUGCUCAAUUUAAAGCAUUUAUGGAUGCAACUGGAGGUCUAUGGAGAACACAAGCACUUGCAGGCAAGCCUGCAGGAAUCUUUUACAGCACUGGUUCUCAGGGAGGUGGACAGGAGACCACUCCAUUGACUGCAAUUACGCAGUUGGUUCACCACGGAAUGGUGUUUGUACCGAUUGGAUACACAUUUGGAGCUGGUAUGUUUGAAAUGGAGAAAGUGAAGGGUGGCAGCCCUUACGGUGCAGGAACCUACGCCGGGGAUGGCUCGAGACAGCCGACUGACUUAGAGCUUGAGCAAGCUUUUCACCAGGGCAAAUACUUCGCCGGCAUUGCAAAGAAGUUCAAGGGAAGUGCUUGAUUUUCUCUUACACAAUUCAUGUCUCAGGUUGCUAUACGUACCUGUGACCUAGUAUUACUUUCUUGAAAAAAAUUCAGUUCAUCUACUUUGCGAAAAAUAAUGUGCCUUUUGAGUUGCAUUGUUGUCAUGGAUCUAUUUCAUUAUAACAGACGCAUCUAUUAAUGAAAAGAGUGAUUGUUUUCAGAAA